UAAAGGGUGGUGCGAGUGACGGACCGGAUUCAGUUUUAAGAAGAGGCCUGCGGCUGUUGUUAUUUUUUUGGUGGGAGGGGGGGGGGGGAAUGGCCUCUUUUUAUUUUAAAUUCCUUGGGUGAGUGGGUGGGUAAGUCGGUGUGUGGGCAAGUAGGUUGUAGGGUAAGUGGGCGAAUUGGUCAGUGGGUAAGCGGGUGGGCGGGUGAGUGGGGGGUGGUUCGGUGAUUGGGUAGGUGGCUAGGUGAGUGAGUGAUUGUGUAGGUGGAAGAGUGGGUGGGUGGGUGAGUAGGUUGAUGGAUGGGUCGGUAAGUGGGUAAGUAGGUGACGUGGUGGUUGGUGACUGCAUCUGUCCCGCUGUGCAUGGCUCCCGCAGACCGUCAAGGGAAGAUGAUGUGCCCAGGCAAGAAAAGAGUACCGGGGAGCUUCCCACUUGAAAGGGUGCUCAAAAGCCACGACCCGGCGUUUGUGGAAUUCGUCAGCUUCUGUCUGCGGUAAGACACACCCACCACCCCCUCCCAAUGAGGAUCCCCCCCUCCAAUUGAUCGGCGAUCACUCUCCACCGAUCGCCAGGAAAAUGUGGAGCUGAGUGGGACUGCCGAUGUGCAGUACCACCGGUGUCAAGAUCGCCCUCUGUGGAGGAUGGGGAGGUCCGUGCAAGAUGCUGCUGGCCAAUGCGAUGCUCGGGGCAUUUUUAGUCUACUGGGCAUCAGAGGAUUGCCACUGUUCCUGCUGCUUCCGCUGCUGCCGUGCAUUCCUGACCUUGUAGGGGAAGGGAAGCAACUUCAAUGCUCUCACCACGCUUCUCUCACUACGUGUGGCGCGUGUGUCUCCCACGCGUCUCUCAACAGAUGGGUUCCGGAUUCUCGUAUGACGCCAGCGCAGGCGCUGGAUCACAGCUGGCUCCGGACCGUGGCCACCAGCACCACCAGCAAUGCCACCACCACUGCUACUCCUGGCCGUGUCCAGUGCUUUGGAGCUGCUGAACGACGAGCGGAGCCGGCGCUGCCCCCAUUCUCUUUGCUCGCCUGGGCCUCUGAAUGGAGGCUGAAGGUUGUGGAGGAAGAGGAAACGCUGGUGGAGGAGCUGGUGUUGCAGGAGGAAGAGACUCUGGUGGAGGAGCUGGUGGUGCAAGAGGAGGAGACUCUGGUGGAAGAGUUGGUGGUGCAGGAGGAGGAGACCUUGGUUGAGGAGCUGGUUUUGCAGGAGGAGGAGGCCUUGGUGGAGGAGCUGGUUUUGCAGGAGGAGGAGACCUUAGUGGAGGAGCUGGUUUUGCCAGAGGAGCAGACUCUGCUGGAGGAGCUGGUGGUGCAGGAGACACUGGUGGAGGAGCUGGUGGUGCAGGAGGAGGACACCAUGGUGGAGGAGAUCGUUGUGGAAGAGAUGGUGGUGGAGGAGAAGGAGAAAACAAGGAAAGAGGAUCAAGUGAUGGUGAUGCAGGAGAAGAGGAAGCCAGGGGGCCUGGCCCGCAUGGGGAGAGUCAUCCGCUCACUCCUCCGACGCGUGCUGCUGUGUGGUGGCCGGUCCACCGCACAGUAGAGAUGGUGGUGGUCGUUGAUCGGUCUGAUCCAUGACCACUA